UCGCGCAGGAUUUGGCGAUGAACGCGGACCGAUUUCGACUGAUUAUCAUUCUGCAAAUGUCACUCUUGACUGCCGACGUGUUGAUUAACAUUUUCUCAGAGUAUCCACGACGUUCGGCGGAAAUCCUGCUCAUACUAUUCAUAAUUCAGGAUUUUUGCAUUGUCGUGAGUCUCCUGGUGAUGUGCCUAACAAUAUGUAAUACAUACAUCUUCCAAGUGGGCAUGUUCAGGGAAGUUUUCUUUAUGUACAAGAUCCCAGUGCUGACCAGUUUUUCAUACCUGUGCUUGUCACUGCUGCUCCAUGUAUGGACCAUGGAGGCAAGGCAGGAAAGUGAAAGCCUCUCCAAAGAAGUAACAAAUGUUGUACUCUUUGUGCUUCAGCGGUUUGUUGGAGUCUGGCACAUUUACUUUUACAAGAAGACAGCACUCUCUAUGUCCAGCCCAGAGUUGUACCACCCCAGCCGUCACCUCCUCACCAAUGAGGGUCCGGACUACAAUAAAGCGGAAAAAUGGUACACAGGCUGCAUUUAA